GGGAGUGCCUACUGAGUUUCCUCUCCGAGGGGAGAAGAGAAGCCGAGGCUUGAUUUUCCGAGCGACUGCUUAUCUUUCGCGUUGAGGCUGAGAACUUGGCAGCGCCUCGCAGGACGGGAGCAGCGGGAAACUAUGCGCCAAGUUCUUCCCGGAGCCUUGGAGCUGGCAAAGACCCCGAAAAAAGCUGGUCAGGAUGGAAAGGGGGGAAAUCGAAGAGUCAAUCCCCGCCCUCCCCCCACCCCCCAGCUCCAGCGAAGAAAGAAGUGAGAGGAAUGUAGCCAGUCGUCUUCGCAAACUGGGACAGCCAACAGGCAACGAGACUGGAACGAACGGAUGGAGGCAAAGUUCAUGUCUAAAGUAUUCCAUUGUUCUCAAUGUUGUCCUCUCUAUCAUCAUCAUCGCUGUCCUUGCAGUAGUUCUUCCUAACAGAACAGAGCAACCAAGUUACAACCCUGUUUUUGCUGAAUGUUGCCCAUAUAACUGGACUGGCUUUAGAAACAAAUGCUACUACUUUUCGGAAGAAGAAGGGGAUUGGAACUCCAGCUACAUGUUUUGCUUCUCAAACAAUGCGUCUCUUGCUAGGAUUGAAGAGGAUGAAAAGGCUUAUUGUAAACUUCAUGACAUGAAGAGGAGCUACUGGAUUGGCGUCCAACCUGGGAUGGGAGAGACCCGGAAAUGGCUAAAUGGAGACACUGCGACGAUGAAAGUCAUUGGAACAGGAAAAUGUGCCUAUUGGAAAGCGCAAGAUGAGAAUGCCACAGCCUCAAGGUGCACCUCAGCACAUCAGUGGAUUUGCAGCAUAUCUGUCAAAUCUAAAAAUCACGAUGAAAUAUGAAUGAAAAAUGUGUUAAAGCUAGUAAACGUAGUUUCUUCC